GGAUGGUGCGCAUCGAUCAGUUGCGGCCUCUUCUGUGUGUUCGUGAAGUUUCCCUGGUACUUAAGCAUGAAACCCACGUCAGAUGGCGCAGAGCUGCUUGUGGCAUUCUUCGACAGAAUACUGUGGUCGUUCUGUCUCUCUUGGAUCACGCUGGCAUGUGCUACGGGUCGAGCUGGUACUCUGAGAAAGUUCUUGUCCUGGAACGCGUUUGUUCCGUUGAGCAAGCUUUCGUAUAGUGUGUACUUGAUCCACAUGCCAUUCCUUGAACUGUUGGUGGGAUCAUCAAGGGAACGAAUCUACUGGUCAGUAUUUAAUCUGGUCACACUCACCUUUGCCGUGCUCGUCUGGUGCUUCCUGCUGUCAUACAUGACCUUCAUCGCGUGCGAGGCACCGACCGGAGCGCUCGACAAGUUGCUUUUCGGCAGGUUGAUUGGAAAGGGGGGCGCCCGGAGGCAGGAACAUCAAGAAAAACUGGCAGGCAUCGACGUGAAGACAGAGAACAGUGGUGGAGAGGGCAAGGACAUUUCGCUGUGCAAACCAAGGAGUGGCGCUCGGCCAUUUAGUAGUGAAUAAAGCGGUGCUCGUGAGGCCAGGAAAACGGAGCAGCAUUGUGCUUGG